CCGACUGAGAAGCAGUUCGUUGGACAGCCAGCCCAAUUUGGUAAUCAAUGCUUUUGCCAAUUCCAUCCAAUUCCAUCGAUUUUAUUAAUUAAUCACUUAUGAAUAUUACGGGAACCUCAAUUAUUGAGGUCAAGAGGUUCCCACUUUGUCACCACCACUCCCACUACCAUGGGUUUCCUCUGUUGCGAAUGUCAGUGGGGUGGGCGGUGGCGUCGACGGUCGCUGCUGCGAAUGCGAACCUACCGAGUUUGAGUUUUCUUCACAAUCUCGCUACCCUGCUUGCCUGUUGCACAGCCUGUAAGGUUUCCGUCGCAUGGCGUCGUAUUCUCUGCCCCUGGUGUUCGACAACGCUUGACUGGUUCCCGGUCGGCCCUAUUACCCACACCCCCUUGCCCCAAGACAUUUUUAUCCUGUCAUCAACAAAACUUCUGGCCCGCCUAGCCCUCUCUAUCAGCCUUGUCUUUGAAUGCACGCCAUCGUCACUGGGCUGGGCUUACACAGUACACGAUGGUUCUCGUUCGACCACGUUGUCUCUUGGUCGCCCACAAACCCCGUUCAAAGGAGUUAAAUCCCACCCGCGGGUAUGGGUCAACUCCUUCGCGACGGAGAGGUUGAUGGAUCCACAAACUUCCUUCGAGAAUGUGGAGAGGGCUGUUGAUCGCAUACACCCUCCUCUCCUCCUCGGCCUGGGUGCAUGUCCAAGGUUGACCGGCCCCUCAUCCUUCAAUUAUCCCUGA